CAUUCUCCCAUUAACCGUUGCUGACAAGAGAUGGUAAAGCAGGGUAAUGUGAUAAACUGGUCGCUUCUUCCAAAUGCUGCGAAGAAACCAAAAAGAAUGCACUUAGAAGAAGACAAAAAUGACAGGCUGUUUCACUGCCCUGUACAAGACUGCCAUAACGAUGGGUUUGGAACUCAAAGAGGGUGUAGAAAGCACGUCAAGAAAAAGCACCCAUGGUUUUAUUACUUUGAUGAGAAACCCAGCGAAGACAUCGAAGCUUCUCGAAGCCAAAUGGAAAAGAAGAAGGGGCAACGACGUUCAAGUAAUGGCAUCCCAUCGUUUGACAUGUCUUGCACGUUUGCGGAACAAUCCACCGCGUGGCUCAAGGGCAGCGGUGGGGGCUGCAAAAGUGAUCGACAAAGCGCAGCAACUGGUUAGCAAAUGCUUGAACUUUCUGAAAUUUUGCAGCGAGGACAAAGAUCAUCUCACAUUAGAUAUUGUGGACUUUUGCUUGUGUUCGCCUAAUCUACUUUUCAAAUUUGCCGAUUCAAUGCAGAGCAAGUGGCAGUUGGGUCAUGCCGGUUGAAUCGGAUACCUGGACGCCAUUGCAGAACUAGUGACCUACAGGAAAGUAAACGGAGUAUCGGAAGCGGUGCUUAGAGGGCUGUCUACGACGGACACAUACUUGAAAAAGGUGCGUAAGACCGUCUCAAAAAUGAUGCGACUACAGUGGACUAGCGAUUUAGACAGCGGUGUGCUAGAGGCCAAAGGGCACUGGGCAACCAUGGACGAGCUCCUUGGUGUUGUGUCUCGCUACUUGCUCUGCUACGAGGCCGUGCUGAGAACGUGCAAGGACAUGCCCCUCAGGGCGUCUCCGUUUGAUCUGCCGUUUGCCACUAAAUUUCUCGCCGUUCUCGCCAAGACUAACAGAGGUUUUGUCGACCAGAAAAUAUUCAAAACAGCGGGCAAGUACGGCUUCGACUCGCUCCUUCUGACCGACACAAACAUGAGUGUGCUCGAGGGAUACAUAACUUACAUUCGCCCGCUACUCAACCCCAAGUGUGAGUACGUCCUAGUUACGAGAAACAGGGGUCAGCACAACAAGCUCGGUGAGCUGAUGAGCAAACUUGUGUUUGAAGCGACUGGCAAGUAUGUUCACCCCACACGAUACUGACAAAUUGUAGAGACGUCUAGCUGUAAAGUGCUAAAAAGUGCCGAUCAAAGCGCCAUCUCUGAAGAUCAGAAGCACAGCUCGAACGUCGCCAAAGUACACUAUCGCAAGCAGCGUUCACGCGAAGUCGCCACAGGGCGCACGAAUGCUACGAAAAACUACAUGGCCACAUUGGCACCAAGCUGUACAAAGAGGUUCUAACGAGGCUCUCCCACCUUUCAAACUCUUCAGAGGAUCAAGACGACUGCACGAAGUCGUGCUCUUCAACGGACAAAGUUCAAGAAAUCUCCACACCAACAGCAGCGAGAAUAAAGCCUUCAGCCCGCAAACUACCGGCAAAGCAGAAGCGCGAAGACGCUUUUGUGAUUACAGAACUAUGCCCAGCUCGCAGAAAAUCGCUCUUAUUUACGCCCGAAGAGGACAAGUUGCUUAAUCGAGCAAACAGAAAAUAUGGCACCAUGGAUAGCCACUUAGUGGACAGGAAAGGCUAGGUGGGACAUGAUGUAUUUACAGUCAUUCUAAUUUUGGCAUUUACUGAAUUUGGCUGGGAAUACACCGUGUACUCCGGGAAUGGCAGAUACUUCUACUCUUACUACUACUGUUAAUAUUAUCAUUAUUAUUAUAAUGUCAAAUUCAACGUACUUUAGUAAUGCGUUCAUGCAAUACCCGCUAUAUCCGCCUUAUCCGGAGUACACGGUGCAUUCUAAGCAGAGUUGAUGUGUUUUGUUGAUGAAUUCAUGCAAUAACCGCUAUACCCACCAUACCCGGAGUAUCUGGAUUUAUUUUAAACAAACUUUAACGUUGAUUAUGAAUUCAGUCUCGACCUCAUGCUAAAUCUAUUCCAUUCAACAAUUCUAUGACAUUGUUAGUAACUGUAAGUUUCUUACGAUUUAAAAAUCGUUCAACUUUGUUUUGAAUACACCGUGUACUCCGGGAAUGGCGGGUAUAGCAGGCAUUGCAGGAAUUCAUUAUCUCAUUGAUUGUUUGUUCCAUUGAUUGAUCGAUUGAUUGAUUGAGUCGCAACCCCAUGCGUAAUGUAAUCCCUUCAAUAUUGAUCCCAGUUGUACUGUAAGUUGAUUAUGUCUUUAAAACCGUUCAACUUUGUUCUGACUUCACUGGGUUAUCCGGAUUUGGCGGGGACA